AUGCUGCGGCUGGUGUCGCUGAAGUUGGGGCGGCUGUACCGCUACGUGAAGCUGGCGGUGCUGGGCAGCCUGGCGGCGGCGCUGGUGCUGAACACGCACUCGCUGCUGGCCUCGCUGCAGCGCAACGAGCUGUCGGAGCGGCGCUUCCUGCAGCUCAAUAAGUGCCCGGCCUGCUGGGGCACCAGCUGGUGCCGCAAGUUCCUCAACGGGCAGCUGCGGCUGGAGAGCUGGGGCCGCCUGCGCCUGCUGGACUUCUUCAACGUGAAGAACGUGUACUUCGCGCGGUACGGGGAGCCCCGCGAGGGCUCGCGCCGCGUCGUGCUGAAGCGCCUGGGCUCGGCACAGGAGCUCGCCGACAUCGACACCAAGAUCUGCCGCCGCGCCACCGGCAGGGGCCGCUGCGACCUGCUGCAGGCGCUGCCCGCCACCGAGUUCGCCAGCCUGAACGGCGACGUGCGGCUGCUCACCCCCGGCGCCGUGGAGGGCUGGUCCGACCUGGUGCACUGCCCCUCGCAGCGCCUGCUCGACCGCCUGGUGCGCCGCUACGCCGAGACCAAGGACUCGGGCAGCUUCCUGCUGCGCAACCUGAAGGACUCGGAGCGCAUGCAGCUCCUCAUCACCCUCGCCUUCAACCCCGAGCCGCUGGUGCUGCAGAGUUUUCCAUCUGACGAGGGUUGGCCAUUUGCAAAGUACUUGGGAGCAUGUGGAAGAAUGGUGGCUGUCAACUACGUGGGAGAAGAGCUGUGGAGUUACUUCAAUGCGCCGUGGGAGAAACGAGUGGAUCUGGCCUGGCAAUUAAUGGAAAUAGCUGAGCAGCUGACAAAUAAUGACUUUGAAUUUGCACUCUACCUCCUCGAUGUCAGCUUCGACAACUUUGCCGUGGGACCAAGAGAUGGGAAAGUUAUCAUUGUAGAUGCAGAAAACGUUCUGGUAGCAGACAAAAGGUUGAUCAGGCAGAAUAAACCUGAGAACUGGGACGUGUGGUACGAAAGCAAGUUUGAUGACUGUGAUAAAGAAGCUUGUCUGUCCUUCUCUAAAGAGAUUCUUUGUGCCCGUGUCACUGUGGACCACAACUAUUAUGCCAUUUGUCAGAACCUUUUGUCCAGACAUGCCACGUGGCGGGGCACCUCCGGGGGGCUCCUGCACGACCCCCCGGCUGAGAUCGCCAAAGACGGGCGCCUGGAGGCCCUGCUGGAUGAGUGUGCCAACCCAAAGAAGAGAUACGGCCGAUUCCAAGCCGCCAAGGAACUCCGGGAAUACCUUGCACAGCUCAGUAACAACGUGAGGUAGUCCACAGUGAAAUUCUUCUGCAACGCUGGCUAAAACACUAUUGCAAAGACACGUAGAAAACGGAAGUUUUGGACUCCUGUGUUAAAAGGAGAGAAUAAAAACCCUAGUUCAUCGGUUUUCUAAAUACUGUAAAAAUAGAAUUUUAUGGUGUUAUAAUGUUCCUUUGCAAACAAACAAGGUACUUACUGAAUUAAAACUUGAGCUACUAUUGACUGUCCUCCCUAACUGUUUAAAAGGGAAUAGGUCACAAAAGACUGUGAUGGCUUCAUUGACAGCUUGUGUGUCAAAGGGUACUUUACAUAAAACUGCAUUAGUGUCACAGUUUUGUGAAACUGAUGUUCUUACUUGGAAGGUCAAGUUAGACUGGUGGCCUGUUUUAAAGGCCUUUUUCCUGACGUCAUUGUCUCAUUUUCGUGUUUGUUUAAACACCUUCAAGUGGCAUUUACAUCCAGGUAAAUCUAGCUGUCUGCAUUGUUUCAAACUGAACAGGCUUUCAUGUUAAUGCUGUGCAGAACAUUUCUACUGUGAGUGCAGGAUUCCCGAGUUUACUGUCUGAUUUUAGGGGGUUUUACACUGUAUUUUACUAUGCUUAGACAUUGUGGUUUGUUUUUUUAAGAUCAUCAUAAGCUCAAACCUCGCUUGAAGUAACAUUCAUUUAAUGUCUCCUGUGGUUCUGCCAUUGGAAAUAUCACUUAAUGUAACUAUUGUACAAAACUUACCCUUUGUGCCAGUAUAUACACUUGGCUCUUAAACACGAAAUUGUGCUAUGAGAACUCUUAUUUUUAACAGAGAUAAUUUGAAAAUUGGAAAGACACUACAAUAAAAAGAUCUGUGUUAAUUCAAGUUGGGGAUAGAAGAUUGACUAAAAUAAAAAAUCACUAGUCUGGUGUAGUUUAAGUAUAAGCCAAAGAAAAUGGUUUUGUUUAUUAGUUUUUGAACACAUAGUAAAGAAUGCUAUACCGUAGUGAAGCUAAUAAUUUUCAAAAUUCAGAUUUUUGAUGGUUACUUUCUGAAGAACUUCUAAAACUUAUGUGUACUUAUGCUAGCAAAAACCCUAAUUUGAAUAAUAAUGUCAAGCAAGUUAGAAGUUUAUUUUACAUCCUUCCCAACUGUGUUAAAUGGAAUUUUCUGAAGGUUUACCAGUAAGCUGUACUCACUCUAGGUACCUUUUCUUGAACUAAGUUUGACUAUUCCCAGUACAUUUGAAAUUGACUUGUUGAGGUUUGUGUAAAUAUGGAGUUGUUCUCAUAAAUCACAGUUUUUAUAAAAGUCUCAGUUACUGCUACAAGAACUCACUUGAAAGCUUGCUCCUCAGUUUUUUGUUUUUGUUUUUUAACAACUACUAUGCUUCAUUUUCCUGAAAUCUUGUUCAUACAAAGAUACUCUUAGGAAAUGUGUGCAUAUUACUUCUAGUAACAGUAAUGAAGGGGACUAAUAUUUCUUAAAUGCAUCUAUGAAACACUAUUUUGUACAAGCUAAACUUAAUUCUGAGUAAGGUAACGUGCGCUACAUCCAAGAGCAGAGCUCCUCUGCCUCCUGUACUACAUCGAAGCCUGAUGGAAAUGGUUCUGCAAGUGAGGAGAAUGGCAAAUUCAUUGACUUGCCCUCCUUUCUCAAAGCUCAGAGUGGAGCCACGCACAGAUGCAGAGUGCUCUUUGAUUUCUUAGGUCACUGUAUUUUGAGGACACAGCUGAAUGGUGAACAUGGUGGUGCUGCUGAGUUACUGGUUGGACUUGAGGAUCUUAAAGGUCUUUUUCAACUUAAAGAUUCCAUGAUUAAGGAUAUUUUAGAAUUGGAAAUUCUCAUUCUUAUGUCAUCAUUGCCUCUGUAGUCUUAAUUUGUUCCCAGCCCCUUGUCUUGUUUUCUGAAGUUAGAACGCCCAGUGCAGCUUUUAAUUUUAAUUUCUGCCCUCAUCUGAACAGUCUUAUGUGCUUGUUCUGGCACAAGCCAUUGGAGAAUGUUCAUGUUACUUUUCUUCAUAAAAUCCACUUAUUUGAAGAAAAUAGACUAACCCUCAGACUAGGUACUACCACUCUACCAUAAAAGCCUUGCCUUACCACUACAGUUGAUUUUUAAACAUCUACCACAUUUCCCAAAGAGAGAGUGGAAUACGAUUGUUAAAGUUGUGAAAGAAACAAACACUGCCAGUUUUGGUUACUACUUGAGACAGUUCUGUAACUGUCAGAAUGUUCUCUUAGAUUUUGUUUGGGGUUUAGUCCCUCCAGAAACAAGUUACUAAAGCCACUUGUAAAAGGAACUUGGAAGUUAAAGGAAAAUAAACCCCAAAACCCCCAACUACAACAAACACACUACAGGGAAAACAUUGUGGAGAGCAAUAAAUCUUGUUCCAUUUGCACCUGUCAGAUAUUUAUUGUACAAUAACAAUUUAUAUUUUUAGUCAUUGCCCAUUAUUAUUGAUGAACAUGGUGAAAUAUUUUUGAAUGAAAUGUUUGGGAUUUGUAUGUGCAUUAAAAUUGUCCUUUUGUACUGUAAGUCACUGUUUGUUUGGAAUAUUUUAUCAAAACUGUCUCCCUGUGCCUUUAUAUUACAAGAAAGUUGUUUCUGCAACUUCUAAUGAUAUUAAUAAAGAAUACUUUAAGAACCUC